UCCAUCCAUCCGGACAUCCAUCCUCCCACCGCCUUCCAUGGGCGCUGAGCGCCGGGAGGCAGCGCCCGGCCGCCGCGAUGAGCGGCGGGGAGGUUGUGUGCUCGGGCUGGCUCCGAAAGUCACCGCCGGAGAAGAAGUUGCGGAGAUACGCAUGGAAGAAGCGCUGGUUCGUCCUGCGCAGCGGUCGGAUGAGUGGCGACCCCGACGUCCUGGAGUACUACAAAAAUGACCACUCCAAGAAACCCUUGCGUGUCAUCAACCUCAACUUCUGCGAGCAAGUGGAUGCAGGCCUGACCUUCAACAAGAAGGAGCUGCAAGACAGUUACAUCUUCGACAUCAAGACCAGUGACAGGACCUUCUACCUGGUGGCUGAGACCGAGGACGACAUGAACAAGUGGGUUCGCAGCAUCUGCCAGAUCUGUGGCUUCAACCAGUCCGAGGAGAACACAGACACCCUGAGGACCCUGGCCUCCAUGAACCACGCACCGCGGUCCUCACCAGCAGAGCUCAGCAGUGCCAGCCACCACCUCCUGCGGGAGCGCAAGUCCUCGGCACCAUCCCAUUCCAGCCAACCCACCCUGUUCACCUUCGACUCGCCCACCAGCCACCUCCAGAGCACCCUGUCCGCCAGUGCCCCCCAGGACUACUUGUUCCUCCACCAGUGUAUGAGCAGGAAGUCGGAGAACGCAAGGAGCGCCAGCUUCUCCCAAGCCACGAGAUCUGCCUUCUUCAUGCGGAGCGACACAGCAGUCCAGAAGCUCUCACAGGGCAAUGGGCACUGUGUGAACGGGGUUGGAGGGCAGCUCCAUGGCUUUUACAGCCUGCCUAAACCCAGCCGGCACAACUCGGAGUUCAGGGACAGUGCGUACGACCUCCCGCGCUCCUUCGGCUCCUACACGCACCCCAAGUCGAGCCUCACCAGCUCCGAAACGGAUAACGAAGAGGUCUACACCUUCAAGACUCCCAACAACACCCUAUGCAAGGAGUUUGGGGAGCUCUCCACGGACUCCUAUGACAUCCCUACCACCCCGCAUUCCGUCUACCAGAUCCCCAGGACAUUUACACUGGACAAGAACCACAACGCUCUGGCCGUGGCCGCCAGCGACUCUCCUGCUGCACCCCCUCCACGACCCCCAAAACCCGGGCAGAUGGAGCCACGGUGGGGCAGCCCCCCCCAGCAGCCCCAGCCUGGUGACAGCUUAGGGCUGGUCCCCAUGGCAGCCACCAUUCCCAGGAGAAACACACUGCCAGCAGUGGAGAACAGCAGGUUACACCGAGCUUCUUCUUGUGAGACGUACGAAUACCCCCAGCAUGGAGGCAGCAGUGCUGUGCAGUCCGUCGAGUCCAUGAAUGAUGGGUACAACUCCUACCUGCAAGCCAAGGCAGUGGUGGCCCGCUCCCACAGCACUGACUCCGAGGACAACUACGUCCCCAUGAACCCCGGUUCCUCACCCCUGAUCCACACCGAGAAAGCCAAUGACAAUGCCCAAAGUCUGUACAUCCCCAUGAGCCCUGGGCCACAUCACUUUGACCUGGUGGGGUUGUCCUCGGCCACCCUCCCCGUGCAUAAAGGAGCCAUGGCGCAGUGCCACAGGCGGCUGAGUGAGAUCCAGCCCCCGCCAGUCAACCGCAACCUCAAACCCGAUCGGAAAGCAAAGCCAUCACCAUUGGACCUGAGGAACAACACUGUCAUCGAUGAGCUUCCCUUCAAAUCACCAGUCACAAAAUCCUGGUCCAGGCCAACCCAGUCCUUCAAUGCAGGCUCUUUGCAAUACUGUCGCCCUGUCUCCUCCCAGAGCAUCACCAGCACUGAUUCGGGAGACAGCGAGGAGAACUACGUGGCGAUGCAAAACCCCAUUUCUGCUUCUCCUGUUCCUAGUGGCACCAACAGCCCAGCGCCUAAAAAGAGCUCGGGGAGUGUGGAUUAUCUGGCCCUGGACUUCCAGCCAAGCUCGCCAGGGCCACACAGAAAGCCCUCCACCUCUUCAGUUGCCUCAGAUGAGAAGGUUGACUACGUGCAAGUGGACAAGGAGAAGACACAGGCGCUGCAGAGCACCAUGCAGGAGUGGACUGAUGUGCGGCAGUCCUCGGAGCCCACCAAGAGCACGAAGCAGUAGAGCCUGGGACGGGCAGUGAAACAGGCAAAUCCCAGCUCCGCUUGGGCUGGAUUCCUAAGACUUACAUGCAGAGGGGAAGGGAUCUCCAUUGUUUCUUGGUUCUCUUUUUAAGGCAAAAAGAAACUUAAUUUCAGGGGCAGAUUUGGUAGAUACUGUUUGCCAGUGAUAAAGACCAACUACAUUCGGUGGCUAGGUUUGUGCUUUAGCUGUUGGAUGCACUAUCCAGGAACUUCGACUUAGCAAUACCAGGUUUCACCUUACACAUCUUUUGCUUACAGCUAUUAAAGCCACCUUGUACGUGCUAACACUGCAUCAUCUCUCCCCGUCUUCUUCCAUGCCGUGCAGGUUUGCAGCAUCUCUCAUGCCCCAGCUCUGAUUCCCCACUCAUUACGGUUGCCCUUCUCUCUGCCUCCUCCCAAUCCCAAAACUAAGCAAGGAUCAUUCCUUUUGAAGUCACUUGCGUUGUCCCAACUCCUGUAAAUAAUACGUUCAAAACCUCUGAGGGCUCUUCUCCUCCUGGAGGAACAGCCCCCAUGGUUUUGGUUGUGGUUGAUAACCUUCAGGAGCUUGAAGAGCAUCCCAUUGAGCUGACUUAGGAACCCAGGACUUGCUCCAUUGUACACACACAGAUAUGCCAGCACAUGCUCACACACAUGAAUGCAUGCUUGGAACAGCCAAGUUUGUUGGGGUGUCUUCUGCUAUUGAUGCUCUCCAGCAUCUCUCGAAGCCAACAGGCUGGAGAGAUUGGCUUUGGAUGGUAGAAUUAAAGCCCUGACUCACUGCCUAUGUGAAACCUAUGAAUCUGGCUCCAAGAACCAAAAUCUGCCCUUUGUGGCACCAAACGAAGCCCAUAGAAUUAGAUUCCUACAUCUGUGGCCAUCAUUAGAAGCUCUGUGGUUAAGCACAGGGAUACAGGGAGGCUCUGGAGACCAUGUGUAUCUGAGCUGGUGUGAGGAUGAGUGACAAGGUGGGAGUGGAAAGCUGUUGUGAGGACUGGGAGAAGGUGGAUGUUGUACCACAAAUGUUGUCUUGGAUGAGGAGCUGCAGUGGGGUGUAUCCUAGAGGAAAGGAGCAGGGUAAUUGAGAUGUUGGUUGAUGGGGAGGCCUUAGGCUUGUGAAGAGGCUGGUCAGGAGAGUCAGAGCAAUGUGUUUCAGUAUUAGGUUUCAUGUAGCAUUAUGGUUGGCUUGGUGUUGGGUACAAAGGGAUGGACCAGAUGCUUUCUCCCCAUGUUCAUCAGUGUUUCUUCAACACAGAAACAGGGCUUAUUGACCCUGGGCUCUAAUUACGGGUGGGAAUCUGCUGUCGCCCCUUGCCAGCAUCCUUGACACAUCCAGGCUUUGGGAUCACUCCCGAGGCAGCUGCUGGGGACAGAGUGCAGAGAAGGAAGAGACAGUUUAUUGCAGAGAUAAUAAUUCAUGAUCUCAUGAAAACAGGAAGAACUAAUGAUUGCCAUGGAGCAGCCUGAUUGCCAGACAGCCAGCGAUGACAUGAGCAAACGGGCCAACCACAAAUCAAGAGCCAAAUGAAGGAGACAUUAGAAAGAUUAGGUAAUAAUAUUUAUUGAAGAGCUGGAGCUAUUCUCUCUGCAAGCUGGACCUUCCCAGAACCACCAGCUCUAUGUUCCAACCACCAAGUUGUAUUGAUUACUAAAGCUUAAGUGUUAAUACAUUUGUUUAAUCCUGGUCUGGGUUUGGAAAGGGCCAGAUGUGACCCACACUGGGAUAGGAUACUGGUCCCUUAAGGGCUGCAUGCUGGUAAAGUAAGUGUUGAACUUCCAACACCAGUUUGUAUUUGUUUCUUGCAUGCCAUGAAAGGGAAGGAUAAUAAUGGAAAAGCUCUGACAACCCUUUUAAGACAUCAAACUGUUGGUCGUUUACAGGAAUAACGAAGCAAAUAUAUUAAUGCUUAUGGUAAAAACAAUAACCAUCAAGGAAAGAGGGGGAAAAAAGACCCAAAGGGGAAGAUUUAGCACAACCAGAUGCUCUCUGAAGGUUGGGGAGUGUGUUACAGCUUGCAACGGCCCUUGCUUCUCAUUGGGGGCUUGCAAGCUUGCAUGGUGAGAUAAUGAAAUGAAGAGCAGACUUCAGUGCUUCUUAUUUCUAUAGCCCCUUUCAUCACCACAUCUCAGGGGAGACUGAACGUUGGGCCUGCUCCAGAGCCCACUGAAGUGUGUGAUCACCCAUCCCCACCAAACAGCAAAUGUGACUCAAGUAAGGAGCUGUUGUUUUCCUAUCCCAUCCCCUAAACUGUUAGAGGGACACAAGGGAAGAUGAGGUUGGGGGAGCAGGGUUAUGGUGCACGCUGGAUGUGUUUCCCUGCCAAAAGUGUGCUGUUCUCCUCCUCUUACAUGAUCUCUGGGGUGGAUUGCAGCAGGAAUUUUGGGAAUGGUUCCUUAUGCUGUUUUGGGUCUUGCUCUGUAAAACAGUGCAGUUAGUUCCAGGCUAAAACAGUCUUGGACUGGACCAAAAGCCUUGAGAAAUCAAGUGAUAGCCUUGAUAGUGCUCAGAUAGAGUCUUUUUCAUCCACCUGGGACAUGGGGAGCUCAGCAAGUCCCAAAUGUACCUUGAAAGUCAGAAGGUGAUGGGGAAGCAGCAGCAGCAGGAAUUUGAUGGUGCAGUGGCUUGAGAGGCAACACUAUGGGUUGUGAUGUUUCUUACUGAGUCAUGCCUUGUGCUUCUGAGCUGGGACUAUGUGCAUCCAAUGCCCACUCCAAAUCCCAAAUCCAAAGCAUUAAGACUGGAAAACCCCUUUGUGGUACUGACUAAACUAGUCCCUUUUCUCCAUGUCCCACAGAUGUCUGUAUUUGUUUAGUUGACAAGCACUGGCAUGGGAUAGCUCAAUUCUCUGUUUUGAUGAUUGCUUUCAUGAGCAUCCCCAGUAACUGGCCCUUUGCAUUUGGCAGACCAAGGGCAAAAACAGCCCAAAAGUAGCUAUUUUGCAACUGCUGCUUGCUGGCCCCUCUCUGCUUUGCAAGGAGGUCUCUGUUUUCCCAGAAACUGAUACAUUCCUCAUUUUUUCCCCCGCUAAGCACCAAGCAAAUGGCCCCUUCAAACUAAGUCCAUAGACUCUACGCACUGUCAAACAGACAGGACUAUAUCAACCCUUUCCUGAAAUCCAUUAAGUAAUCAAUGGCUGCAAUGGAAAUAGUCAUUCCUGAUGGUUGCCGAGCUGAUUACAGCAGUCCCUGGUGAUUAAUGUUUCUUCAGUAUUUAGUCUUAAACCAUAUUGAAAAGCAGCUGGUUUAAUUACAUGGGCUGCCAAGAACUUUGUCCUGAAGGCAUGGAGUUUAUCACAUCCACUCUAUACUUGGAUGCUCAAGUAUGACUGACUCCUUUGUUAGAAAUAGGUAUUUUAGGAAGCUGGGAACACUGCAGAUGGUUCAUUUGGCAUUAAAAUGGCUUGAGCCUUCCCAUCAGAGCCAGCUCUUCAGCUCUUGAGUCCCAUUUAAGAAAAGGGAUGUGGUUGCAUGUGUGUGUGGGCUCAUGGAGAAAGGUUGUCUGUGGAACAAGCAUCAUGACCUCAAUAUUGAGUUUUAUGAACUACCAGGGCCAUGGUUUAAAGCUCUCCCAAAGCUUCCAAAUGAGUAAGGUGGUGGUUUUGAAGGCAGAAGGCUCCAAAAGUGUGUAUCCCUUGCUGUGAGUGUGCAACUGCUGCUCAUGUCUUGGGUGACAUGGUCUGGUGUGAGGUGUCCCUGCCCAUUGCAGAGGGUUGGACUGGAUGAUCUUAAGAUCCCUUCAAGCCAAACCAUUCUAUGGUUCCUCUGUCUGGUGACACGUGUGAGCUGCCCUGGAGCUGAUUUGCUCUGAACUGACAUUUAAGUGUUGGGUGGGAAAUACAUUUCCAGCUCCAAAUUGAUGCCAGGCAUAGGUUAGUCUCAAGUUGGAGAAAGAAAAUAUAAGUGAGUGCAAAUUGUGCCAGGGCAAAGAUGAGUAGAUGAGCAGAUAGGGCCAAAGCCAAAAGGUAGCUAAGAGCUGGGUUGACUGGGAUGGGUUUGGACCCAGGGUCACCAGCACUGUUAAGGGUUAUGUAUGGGGGAACAUGAGAUUGGGAGGAGAGAGGGCAGAGGAGUUUGCCAGCAAGAUUUGAGUCUUGGACCUCACCUUUGGCAUGUGGGAGAGGGUUGGCACAGACCAAGUCAUCCAGGACACAGACAACUGGGAGACAGCUUGAACCUGUACAUGUCUUAGGAUAGACAUUGACCUAGAGCUCUCUGCAGCCCCAUGCCAGCCUUUACACCCUGAGCAUUGAGCAUGGUGGGAAGUGUUGGGUUCCUUUAGCCACCCAAUGAGCAUGGCUCCCUGGGAGGGGUAGAGCCAUGCCCAGGUCUUAUGUGGUAGUGGAAUUUGGUAGGAAAAGGUUUAAAUAGCUCCCAGAUCCUGACUCAUCUUCCUGUCUUAAGAGGCGAGUAAGAGGAUGGUUUUCUUAAGUCAUGCUUUCAUUGUGCUGAUGUUCUCUCACCUGGUGGUGUUGCUGUUCCAUGUAAAAGCUAACACUCACCCACUGUGUGUCCACUGAAGGGAUGUUGUCUGGAUGAGAUGGCUGCAGUGGGGCUGUGCCUAUAGAGAAGCCCUACUUGAAAUGGAAAGGGCAAAGAGCAGAGCCUAACCCCAACGCCAGCCAGAGGACAGGCAUGGCCAUCAAAAAGCCAUCAAGAAAAUCAGAGGGACCAGCUCAGCAUCAAAUCACAAGGGCCAAGAAGCCAGUUUGUGGCCUCUGGUGAAUCUGUGUGCCUCUGCCCAGAAAGCACCAACUUGCCCACAUGUACACAAUGACCUUGCAACUAUGAAUGAGGCUCUUGCAGGUAGAGAUGUUCACCUUCUCAUCAUGGUUUCUGCUUGGCCUGGAGCCGUUCAUCCCUCCAUCAGCUUGUCCUUGGUGUCUCAUCCUUGUAGACACAAUUUGAUCUCCUUGUUCACAACUCCUAAAGUAUUGCUGUUCAUCAGGUUGCUACUUCAGUGUCUGCUGCUCAGAAAAGCUGAUACAUAGCAAGGUGUCACCAAACAACUCUGUCCCCACCAACCCUUGGCCAGCCAAGCAACAUCUGGCACAAGCCAAGCAACAUCUGGAGCAGAAGCUGGGCCACAUGGCCCCAUCUCCUGAGCCCAAAGAGCUUCUCAAUGGACUUACUUCCAGUCCAGUGAUGCAGCCCAUUGCUAACCUAUAAUGUGCUCAUUUGUAGGCCAGUGGGUUGACUAUAUGGGAGAGACACCAACCCAUCAUUUUUACUGCUCUUUGGGUGACACCAGGUAGGACAAGGGGGCUCAUUUGAACUCUGUAUCCCACUUUUCCAGCUUAUAAAAUGAAGGUUUAUAGCACUUACUUCCCCACGUCACACAUGUGUCAUGGGGUGUAAUUAAUUGACAUCUAAUAAUGCAAAGAGCUGCUUUGAGUCUGCAUGCAACAGGCAGGCAGCAUGCGGUGCGACCCUCCUGUCAUGCCCAGCAUCACACAUGGCACUGCACAUCCUGCUCUGCAAAACCCAUUGAAAACCCUCAACCUUAAUUCCUGAGGUGGAAAAUAAUUUGGCAGGAUUUUCUCCUGAGUGAGGGGAAAAGCCAUUUGCACAGUUUGAGCCUUCUGCUGCCACACUGGCCCUGGAAAUACCGUGUUUUGUUUGGAUGUGGUGGCUGAAGCAUGUUGUAGAGAGGGAAAUGGAAUAGGACCUGGGCUCCGAUUGGAGCUCAUCAAUGAAUCCCAUAGGGUUAGGACCAAACUUUUAGUGUAGCUAUGUCCCACUCAACCCAGCCCUUGGUGAAGUCAAUGUGUCCCCAUUGACUUUGGGUUGAGUGGGAAUGAACCCAGCCAAAUUAGGGUAGUUUUCUCCAUUUGUUCCUUAACCUGCUGCGAGGAGGGGUUGGAUCCAUGGCUGGGAAGCCAUGGCAUCGGCACCCGAUCCGCAGGGAUGUUUUGUGUGUUUCCAAGCCUAUGACUGUUCUUAAAGAGAAGUCUUUUUAAUUCCUUUCUUUUUUGUUGUUGUUUUCCAUUUGUAGAAGGAAGGACAAGAGUAACCUGUGGCAAACUGUACAGUACGUGUCUUCUUGUGGUGUCACUGUUUGAAUGGUUAUUCGGUUUUCAAAUCACUGUGGACAGCUAAUCACUUAAGUUAUUAAUUUAUUCUUUGGGGUUUUGUUGUUUGUUUUUUUUAUUAAAAGUAAUUUGAAACAAUUAUUUAUCCUGUAAAUUGGUCUUGAGUGAAGCCUAGAUAAUACUUUUUUGCUGUUAAUAAACAUGGUACAUGCCUGACGUGAA